AUGAGUACUCCUAUGUACCCAAACACUGUUCUAGACAAGAAUGAUGAAAGCUCACCGGUCGAUCCAACAUCGUACCGAGGGAUGAUAGGAUCUCUACUGUACCUUACUUCAAGCAGGCCUGACAUCAUGUUCAGUGUUUGCCUAUGUGCCAGAUUCCAGGUAAAUCCUCAACAAUCUCAUCUCAGUGCAGUUAAACGAAUAUUUAGAUACCUAAUAGAUACUGCUAAUCUUGGUCUGUUAUAUGAGAAAGGUAGUGAUUUCAGGCUUAGAGGAUACUGUGAUGUUGAUUAUGCUGGAGAUAUAGUAGAACGAAAAAGCACUAGUGGAGGAUGUCAUUUUCUAGGAAACUGUUUAGUUUCUUGGUCUAGCAAAAGGCAAAGCACCAUAUCCCUAUCCACUGCUGAAGCUGAGUACGUAGCAGCGAGUUCUUGUUGCACUCAACUUCUAUGGAUCAAGCAUCAACUUGAAGACUACAACAUUCAUGAAAAUCACAUACCUUUGUUAUGUGACAAUACAAGUGCUAUAAAUAUUGCGAAAAAUCCAGUUCAACACUCAAGAACAAAGCACAUUGAGAUUAAUCAUCAUUUCAUCAGAGAUCUAGUUGGGAAAGGACAUAUUGAUAUGUCUUAUGUUCAUACUGAAGAUCAACUUGCUGACAUUUUGACUAAACCCCUACAGGAAGGCAGAUUCUCUGACCUAAGAGAAAGAAUCAAUAUGCAAUAUGCAUGA